GUCCUAAAAGGCCGGAUCCUGAUCGCGCGCGUAUAUAUAUUCUUAUUGGGAACUCUUUGAUAUUAUGUAGCUCAAUAGGCACAUUAGACAAAUUUGUAACGUGAUUCGUUCGAUAAAUCUUAAACAAUUUCUAUUUUUAAAUUUUAUAAACAUGCCAUGAAAAAUUAUUUGAAUAGAAUAGUGUCACAGAUUAGAUAGUACGCGUAUAUAUAUAAACUGCUUCGCGAAUAAUUUCAUUAUUACUACUUAAGAAACAUGAGCGAGUACAGGAAAUGGUGUCUGAUAUUAUGUGUGCUCGGAGGCGCAAAUUGCUGUGUCUCAACGAUGCCUAAUUCGUAUGACACGAUAGUGGUUGGUCUCGGGUCCGCCGGAGUGACAGCUGCCUCCACCCUCGCGAAAGCCGGUCGGAGGGUCCUUGGUCUCGAAGCUCAGGACAGGAUUGGUGGGAGAGUAAAGACUGUCCCAUUUGGUGAUGGCGUUGUCGAAGUCGGGGCUGAAUGGAUACAUGGAACAGUGGGCAGCCGCGUCUAUCAGACAGCUAUUAAGAACAACGUCACAGUCCUACCCCAGGACCUGAGCUUCCAAGUUUUCAUGUCUGACGGGACCGUCGGUAAUAAGGAGCUGGUUAACGAACUCAUAGAAUACUGUCUGCAAGUCGUGGAGCACCCACCAGAGAAGCCUGAGGCACUGGGGACGUUCAUCACAAGAAAAUUUAUGGCGUAUAUCAAUGAGAAGCAUCCCAAACUCUUGGAUGAUAAGGAUUUCAUCACGGAAUUUUUGGAAAUGAUGAACCUCUUCAUCAACAACUACGAGGCUUCGAACGACUGGAAUGACGUCAGCGCACAAACGAACUACGAGGAACUCGGUGGUCAUCAGCACACGAGCUGGCACAGGCACGGCUAUAAGACCUUCUUCGAUUUGCUCUUGAACACGUACAACAACGGCCCAGGCUUGCCAACGUUAGACAUCAAAUUGAACAAGGAGGUUACAUUGAUAAAAUGGCCGAAAAACUCAACUGGAAAUGUUCAAGUCAUUUGUAAAGAUGGCGAAGCUUACACAGCGAAUAACGUUAUAGUAACAGUUUCGCUCGGAGUUUUGAAAGAGAGACACUCACAUCUUUUCUUACCGUCAUUGCCACAGGAAAAAAUUACGAUAAUACAGAAAAUGUCCAUAGGUGUUAUGGACAAAGUGAUAUUGAAUUUCGAGAAGCAAUGGCUACCGAACGGUACCUUCUUUGGUUUUAUAUGGAAGGGAGAAGAUAAAAAGAAAUUAAGUAAAGAUGACUACUGGACGACGAGGAUCUUUGGGGUUUCCACGCCCAUGGGCUCAAGAACCGCUUUGACGUUUUGGACGAGCGGCGAUGUCGGUAAAAUGGUAGAAACGUUACCCGAAGACGUAGUAAAGAGGAAAACGAUGGAGCUCUUGAGGAAGUUUAUGGGGAAGAAUAUGACGAUACCGGAACCGACCGACAUGAUCAGAUCGACCUGGUUUUCGAAUCCCUUCACGAGAGGUAGUUACACGUACGAUAAUCUACUCGUACACGAUUAUCCGAACGCGAGGGCGACGCUCGGGGAACCCCUCGUUGACAGUACGGGGGUUCCCAAGGUGUUGUUCGCGGGCGAAGCGACGGAUUUGACUCAUUUCUCGACCGUCCACGGCGCGAGUGACUCCGGUUAUAGGGAAGCGAUGAGGCUAUUGCCGAGUAGUAAGAUUUAAGUCGAUAUAUAUAUAAACAAAU